AUGACUUCUCAACAUAUUGACAAUCUAUCAUCUCCUAUUCAACCACCUGAAGAAUCUUUUGAUCCUAAUUCAAGUUCUCAUAGUUUACCACGUAUCAUUCUUCCUUCCUCUCGACGGUCAAGUUUCUCUACAGUAGGGGAUAAUGAACCUCGAAAAGGUCUAACCUCACAACGAUCUCAACCAAGUUUAUCAAGUUCCUUCAAAUCAUCUAAAAAGAAAACCAAUCGUCGUAGAUCUUUUGAAUCAGACCUUGCUCUUUCCUCAAGUGACGAACGUCUUUCAAGACCUUUUGCCAAUGACAAACGCAACAAAGAAUUCCAUGCUCUUUUUAAAAGUGUACCAUUAGACGACAACUUGAUAGAAGAUUAUGGCUGUGCUCUACAAAAGGAAAUCUUGUUACAGGGAAGAAUUUAUAUAUCACAACAUCAUCUAUGUUUUAACGCGAAUAUAUUUGGAUGGAUUACCAAUUUGGUCAUUGCAUUUGCUGAUAUCGUUAAUAUAGAAAAACGAACAACUGCCAUCUUUAUUCCCAAUGCCAUUCAAAUAUCAACACAUCAAUCCAAGCAUUUUUUCGCCUCCUUUUUAUCCCGAGAACAAGCUUAUGAACAUAUGAUGAUUAUAUGGCAACAAAAUCAAGAACGACAAUCAUCUCUCACUAUUGGCAAUUCCUUAAAAGAUUCAAAUGAUGAAAAUGAUGAUAUGGAUGAUGAUCUAUCUUUUACUCAUUCUGAAAAUGAUAAUCAAGAUGAUAGUGAGUUGGCAACAACUCAAACAAUGGAUGACCUAUUACAAGAACAAUCUGAAACUCAAUGUCAAUGUCAAACAACUGAUGAUCAUUUCCCAAAUAUUGUCCUGGAUCAAACUUAUCAAUGCACUAUAGAAACCAUGUACAACCUAUUAUAUCAAAGUGAAUUUGUCAAAAAAUAUCUUCUUGAUGUGGAAAAAAAUACAGAUGUUGUUAUUGGUCCUUGGCGUCAAGACAAAGAUAUUCCAUUUGUUCGUGAUGUCUCGUAUGUCAAAUAUCUUGGCGGUGCUAUUGGUCCCAAAUCAACCAGAUGUAUUCUCAAGGAAGAACUAAUUCAUUUGGAUUUACAUCAAUCUGUCACUCAACAAACAACCACUCAAACUCCUGAUGUUCCUUCUGGUAAUUCUUUUUGUGUCAAGACUCGUGUAUGUAUCUCUUGGGCAGGGCAAGGUCAAGUACGAGUUUUAGUCACAGUACUCGUACCAUUUUCAAAAUCAUCAUGGUUGAAAUCCACUAUUGAAAAAGCAUCUAUAGAUGGUCAAAUCAAUUAUUUCAAGGGAUUAGAUGUAGCCAUACGAAAAUAUUUGGAAACUCGAAAUCAAGUAUCAUCAUCACGGUCCAAGAAACGACAUGGCAAACGAAAAGGAGGACAAGAAAAGGGCAACGAUCAUAAACAAAUUGUGAAUGAUGGUAUACAAACGAUUGGUGAUCUAUUUGUCAUUCCUCCCACAAUGGCUCAAUGUACAAUGAUCUGUUUGAUUCUAAUGGUAAUGAUCAAUCUUUAUAUAGCUUUGAAAAUGGUCAAUAUGGGACAACAACUUUAUAGCAUUCGAAUGGAUACACUGGAUUCUAUGUGGCAAUGGCUGGAACAAUUAGAAAAGGAUCCAUACCAACCUUACGCUCGAUUAUCUACCAAUCAAGUCAUGUCUGAUCAACGCUAUUAUCGUGACCCUAUGAAUCGUCAUGUUAUUGAAUUGGAGAAAAUGGUACGACAUGCUGGUGAAAAUGUAGAUCAAGUUCAUCGUGUGGUCAAGCAGCAAAGACAAGAAUUAUUACAAAAAUUAUCCUCUUAG